AUGGCUCUCGGCGGACUCAUCCUUCGCUUCGGCCAAACGGGCCUACGAUUCCUCGAAUUCGGCUGUGCGGCCAUCAUCCUCGGCAUCUACAGCUAUUACCUCGCCGUCCUGGCUGACCACAACACCCACAUUCCAACAUGGGAGAAGGCUGUCGAGGGCAUGUCGGGCGCCGCGGUUCUGUACACCAUCUUCGGCAUCCUCUUGACCAUCUGUCUCGGCGGGCUGGCAUUCUUUUCCAUCUUCGCCAUCUUCCUCGACCUCUGUUUCGUCGGCUGCUUCGCUGCCAUCGCCUACUACACCCGACACGGCGCCAACUCGUGCCGUGGCGUCGUCAAUACCCCUCUGGGUACCGGUCUUUCCAACGAAGACGCUCCAGGCGCCGGCGACUGGGGCUAUGUGUGCACCCUGAACACCGCCUGCUUCGCCGUUGCGAUCUGCAACAUCUUCCUCUUUCUCCUCACCGCCAUCGUCCAAGUUCUCCUUACGCGCCACCACAGAAAGGAGAAGCGGUUUGGUCCCGGCCCUACGAACAACUACACCUCGGGCACCGGGCGUCGCCCCUUCUGGCGUCGCUCGCGCAGAGCGGGGAACACUCGUGACGCCGAACUUGCCACAGGCGCUGGUGUUGCCGGCACGACGCCUAUCCACAAUGCUAGCACAGUCCGUCCAAGUCACGAAACUGGCAUGACUGGCUCGACUAUGCACGGCGGCCAAGCUCCGCUGGCUAGUGAGCCUAAAUAUGGGCAGCCGGGAUAUGGCAUGCAUGGGUACUCUGGCCCAAACACAAAUUAUUAA